GGCUGAUUACUUUUUGUUUUCGUUUUUCGUUCUUGUAAUUUGACCGAGUUCCUUUCCUGAACAAAUGAACAAAUUUCGCGAAUUUCACAAUUCUUAAACCAUUUUCACGUUCCUUUUUUCUCGACUACGUUUCCACAAUGACCCGAUGGAAUCGUACAGAAGUUGAAGCUUUAAUAUCACUGUACGAAAGUCAUCCUUUCCUGUACGACACCAGACACGAAGAUUAUCACAACAGAGCCAAAAGAGACAAAAUACUCACCGAAUUGGCCGAAAGGAUAAAUGAGAUACGUGGUAAUAAACUCGUCUUGCUCGACAUUAAAAGUAAAAUAAAAACCUUACGUACUCAAUAUGGAGCUGAGAAGCAACACUUGGCGGAAAGGCUUCGACACAGUAAUGUCUCCGGUAAAGAUGGACCGUACAUCAAAGAAGAACCAUUGCAAGAAUCUUUUGAGCCGAAAUUAUGGUGUUACGAGAGUUUGAAAUUCUUGGAUGAAUUCACAAAGGAAAGAGCUGAUUCUAGUACUACUAGUAAUGGAUUAGAUGAGCAAAAAAAUAAGCGAGUGGUGGUUCGUCCAACUCCGAGUAAAUCAUGCACUGUUACGGAGACUCAGACUAAACCUGCUCAUCCAACUCAACGUCCUAUACCUCCUGAGAAAGAAGAUGUUUUUGCUAAUUUCGUGUCUCACGAAUUGAAGCAAAUCACUGAUUCGAAAAUACAACACGAAACUAAAUGGAAAAUACAACUAGCUUUAAAAGAAGGUGUGGAAAAACAAAUGGAAUUGAACGCCGAAGGAUAUAUUACCGAAGUGUUCGUAGAAUGAAUUUCGAUCCGGUGUCAACUGAUCGUCGAUCGUUUUCAGAACACGAAAAUGUUUCUUUUUUUUUAUAACUAGGUAUUGUAAAUAUUUCUUCUUAGCUUUAGUUCCUACAAUUUGUGCCUACGUAUCAAUGUUCUAACAUUUAUUUUUAUUACUUUAGUUAAUUUUUUUUUUUUAGAUCAAUGUUACAACUUACAAGUUUAUCAACGGUGAUCGUUAAUACAUUAUUCUGUUUAAAUAA